AUGGCCGACGCUGCCGGGCGCAUGCAGACGCCGACGGGCACACCAAGUCGGCAAACCCAACAACAGCACCGACGGCCGCGACUGCGGUUGGCCUGUCUCCGGUGCCAGCGGCGCAAGAUUCGUUGUGAUGGCCAGUUGCCCACAUGCAAGAACUGCCAGAAUGCCGGCGCAUCCUGCACCGAUGGGCAAAGUGCGCGGCUCAAGGACCUGCCCCGGGCAUAUAUCGUGGCUCUCAAGGAUCGUAUAUCAUGGCUAGAGUCCAUCCUACAGGAAAGAUGUCCCGACAUCGACUUAUCCGAUGGGCCAUGCUGCGCCUACAAUGGAGACGGCCCUGAAGAGAGCACCCCCGUCAACACGAGCAGCGAGACCCUCGACAACACCCGGAUAACGCCUCUCAACCCCGGAGUCGCGUCUCAGCAGCAGGCCUCUGCUGCCGACCUUUUCCCAGAGCACGCAAGGCAAGCAGGCCGAUCAGCCGUUGGAGCUAUGAAUGCCAACCCUCUCUCCCAUGAAAUCGGCCUUGUGUCUCUAGGCACAAACCUCGACUCGCGAUACAUUGGCCCCUCGAGCGGAUAUUUUCUUGCGCGCGUCAUGCUCACUGGUCAAUAUCGGGCAACUUCACCACCCAGCCGCGACUCUGCAUUCUCUACUAGACUCGUGGAAGCUGCCCACGGGCCCCUUGAUCUUCCUCAGAAAGAGAUGGCCGAGGAGCUAUGUGAUCAAUUCUUCGAGCUAAUCCAUCCACAAUAUCCGGUACUGCAUCGCCCGACAUUCACUACCACCCUGAGCAACAUGUAUGGGCGAGGCGAACAAGACCCCCUGUCAGCUUUCCAGGUCUACAUGGUCCUUGCCAUCUCUUGUCGCCUCAAAUCAGGUCUACCAGGAGAGUCAUACUGCAUGUCAGCGCUAAAGCACUUUGAUCGCCUCAACGUCGAAAAUUCCCUUCAAGGCCUACAGUGCCUAAUACUUCUCACGUUAUUUGCCAUGCACAGCCCGAGUGUUCGACUGAAUGUGUGGUAUCUCAACUACCAGUGCAUCGCGGCCGUGCUAGAUCUCGGCCUACAGCGGAACAUAACCACCCGUUCUGGGAUAUCGUUGUUCGAGCAAGAGAUGAGAACAAGAAUAUUCUGGGUGGUCUUUACUUUAGACCGAGCCAUUGCGACGAUGAUGGGGCGCCCCAUAGGUCUCAGGGACGAGGCGUGCGAGUUAAGGCUGCCCGAAGGGUUAGAUGACGCCGCUCUUGCGUCGAGCCAACAGUCGCGGCCUUUGGCUUCGAAUGCAUCGUACAAUCCAAUAGCAUAUUCAGUUCACCUCUUCCGACUUGCUAGAAUCAAUUCGGAGAUAAAGUACGUGGCCAACAGUAUCGUUCGCGACGCCCCAGCGUACGCCUACCCUACGGUUAUCGACAUUCACGAAUGGCAAAGGGGUGUUUUGCGGCAGCUCGAUGAAUGGGCAAAUGAGAUCCCACCGAGCAAUGAGUUGCAAGCGCUCCAUAUGAGACUCAUCUGCCAGCAACGCUAUCAUUCCUUGCGCAUGGUCCUCCUACGGCCCAGUCCCGCCAUCCCAAAGCCCACCACCGAAGCGGUGGAACAGUGCUACCACAGCGCCCAGGAAUGCCUUCACAUAUUCGACAAGUUGUAUCGUAAGAAUCUUUUGGUACACAGCUGGACGACAUUCUAUUCUUUGGCGCUCAGCACAUUGACUCUACUCUAUUGCCUGAAAACGGUGGCCAAGAUUGCACAGGACGCGGAUAUUACAACCCUGAUGUCUGACCUGAAUAUCAGCUCAAGUAUACUGAGUGCGACAGGGGAACAUUGGUCAGGAGCAAAGCGCUGCCGCGAUAUUCUGAACGACCUGGGCCGAUCGAUAAUCCGACAACUAGUCGAGUCCGGGCGUCAGAUUGAAUCACCCACGACACAGCGGCGUCGAACGAGGAGCACAGUAAUUGCCGAGCAGGGCAACGCGUUGACGGGUUUGCCGGGAUGCGACAACACGGUGACACCAGCCGCGGUGAAUGUCAACCUGGAGACGGCGGGCGUAUUUGAGAUACCUAUGAACCUCUUUGAUGAUUUUCUCACUACCGGCUCAUUCGCCGACUAUCUGGAUGGGAGCGACACAAACAUGGACAUGAUGAUGCAGGGGUUGUUUGACGAUUUCGGCUCGAAUAGAGGCAACUCUGGCUGA